UAUAUAUAUCUAGAAGUAUGUUGAGACAUGAUACCACAGACCUUAGUGUUUAGUGUUUACUGAUCAGAAAAUUUAACAGGACAAUUGGAAAAGAUUUAAGAGCAAAUGGGUUCUUUAAUGUCAGGAUGGGACUCUCCAGUUAGGGAUCCUAAUUCAGUGAGAAGGUGCAAGUCACUAACAAGAGAAGAGAUCGACACUUUUUGGAAAGCAAAGAAGAAGAAUGAAGGAGAACAUGUUCAAGCCGUUUCCAAGUUGGUAACUCAGGAAGUUGCACAAAGAAAAUCACAAGAGGAGAAAAAAGUAGCCGAAGAUCUUUUUGAGAACCAGAGCAAGAAAAGUGGAUGGUGGAGAAGAAGCAACUUGGCGUUCUUGAAUGAGCCGAGGGAGGAAGAGGGUCGACCAAACAAAUACGUACCGCAGUUCCAGGUGGCUCACAUCGCCAAAAUCGCUGGAUAACAGUGACGCUAAUUAAGCACCCCCGGCUAGUCCAAUAUAUGUGUGAAUUUGUGACUUGCCAAAAUACACAUAUAUAUGAAUAGUGGUUUACUUAAUGUCAUGUUGUAUGUGAAUAGAAAAGUGUAACAAAUAGUAUAAGGUUUUAAUCAGAGAUGUGUUUUAUUUUACAUGUGCUAUGUAUAUGUUUUCUUUGGUUUGUUGAGUGGGGCUGUAAUCUGAGAUAUGGAUUUGUGUUUUACAAGAAAUAAACAUUUUUUUACCUUACA